AUGAUCAGUUCGCUGAUAAGGAAGCUGAAAGAACAAGUAAAGCCAAUAGAAAAUCAUACCUUUGAGCUGACAUCAUUUAAUUUUGCAAUACAAAGUAGUCCCUUUGUAGAACUUGGUGUUGAUUUAAAUCUAGCGCGAAGCAGAAGUUUUCAAAGUAAGUUUACUAUAGAACUUGAUGUUGAUUUGGAGAAGAGUCAAGAUUUGAGAAGAAAUCUCGCUGUCGACGAUUUCAAUUUGACACAAGGUCAAUUAAGUAAUCCCGCAGUUGAUUUCAAUUAUGGACAGAUCCAGAGAUUCAAAAGUAAUUCAGCUAUAGAAUUUGAAAGUGAUUUUAAUUUUAUGUCGAGCCAUUCCAGUAAUCCACCUGAAAACGAUUUUAUUGUGAUGCCAGGCCCUAGUUCCAGUUCGAAUAACAUUUCUAGUGAUGAUGAAUCGCAAGAAAACCUUUUGCAAUUAUAUGUUGGACUUCUGUUUAAUACAUGGGAAGAGGUGGACAGUUUUGUAGAAUCAUAUGGAAAGUCUAAAGGUUUUUCUUUUCAAAAAAGUAGGAGUGAUUUUCACUCUGAUCAUUCGGGCAUACAUCGCUGCAGCUAUGAGUGUUCCUAUUCACGUGCACAUAAGGCCAAAAAAACUAUCGACAUUACUAAGCAGCGUGAGCGCUAUUCUGCUGAGAUUAACUGUCUAUGGCAUGUGAACUUUAAUAAUCGCAAGGGUACUACUCAAAUUACUUGUACCUCAUUUGAUGAUAAACACAACCAUGAAUUGAAUCCUAUUAUUUCGCAAACCGCACCAUGGUUC